AUGGUGGAGACCCUCGGCCCUCUCCCUGCUCGUCCACCAACACCUCCGAGGCCAGGUUCACGAACUGACCAGCAUCAACCUGUUGAAGGCACCCCAGUCGCCGCUCAAACCCCGGGAGAUACGCCUCAGCCGGCGCACUCUUCCAGGGCUCCUCCCUCCAGUCGCGCCUCCAAACGUGUCACCUUCUCUCCAUGGCUGCAAACCGAAAUACACUCGCCCUGGACAGCUAAAUCGGUCGAUUUCAAAGAUAGUCCCAUCCAGGGCAGCCCACUGCCAUCGGGAAUAAGGCCAUUCAAAUCUAUUCUCAAAGAGACCGGCUCGCCUAUCCCCGUUUGGUCGCCGAACGUCGACAAGUUCACCACCGAAUCCCUCGACAUGCUCCUCGAAUCCGUCACCCAGCAGCUGGCUGGAGAAUCCCUCACUUGUCGUCUCGACGCAUAUAUGCAAUUUUUUGGUGCUCUGAGGACAUAUGACGGACUGCCGGCAGGAAGAGACGUUGCGGAGAAAUUGGGAUUGAUCACCGGGUUUAUUCAACGUGAUGUGAGCCGCGACUUGACCAACGGUACGCCUUUGGAUACAAAUCUCGCCAACCAGGCCCUCAAGCUAUCCGCCGCUUUUGUCUGGCAUAAUGACAUCUCUGCCCAGCUUUCGGAAGAAUUCAAGGUCUUUAUUGUUGAACACGCGAUCACUUGCCUUCAGGAAGCCAAUAUGCCAAAGUCCGUUCUGACCCACUACAUGUCCAUCCUCUCUACUCAAAGCUUCGGUACAAAGAUCAUGAACAACACCCGGGUCACGCGUCUUCUCUCGGCAUUACAGGAGGUCUCAAAUCACGUUAAUGGAAAAGGGAUCGUUCUGCACCGACUCAGUAUAUACCAGAAGCUGUUCGCCCAAUCCAAGUCCUCUUUUGUCUCCCAGGCAUCACUUUGGAUUGAACAGCUUAUCUUUGGACUGCUCAAUCCUAUCAAAGAUAAUCGACUGAAAGCUAUAUCUCUGGGUUUCCAAAUUGCAACGGCAAUGGGCCCGAACAUCACCCUGUCUAAGAGCAUUCGCGAACUGUUCGACCGAUCGCUUGAAGGAGACCGAAAGCUUGUGACGGAGGUUCGGGAACGAAUGUCACGAAUGAUCAGUACGGUUGAAAGCGGUGUCCAUAUUCCCCAGAUCUGGAGCAUUAUCAUUCUACUUCUAAGGAACAAGUCACGCAGUCUCGAUCAAUGGGAACAUUUCAAAGACUGGGUCCUGGUUCUUCAGAAGUGCUUUAACUGCAGCGAACCCGCCAUAAAGGCCCAGGCAAUUUUAGGCUGGAAUCGCUUUGUUUUCGCUAUUGGGCCAAACGAGUCGACCAGCCGAUCGCUACUCAAGAUGCUGGGAAAACCUGUCAUCUCACAAUUUGAACGCAAAAAGUCGGACAGGUCCGCAGUUUCGCCCAGUCAACUUGCCUUGGCUAGCUAUCAUAACCUCUUAUACUACGCCUUCCGCCCUUCGCCCUCGCAUCAGUACCUCGACCUUGUCUGGGAAGAGUAUGUCUUGAUUCCUGCCACAAGCGUGUUUUCCAGUUCAUCUGCCCUCAGUGACAGCAUGUCGCGUGUCCUUGCAAACCUCUUGUCGUCUUCACAGGCCAAGGUCUGGACUGAAACUCGCAUCAAUGACUCCUCCAAGGUUGAGGCCGAGGAACUCCCUUCUGUUGACCAAAGAUGGGUGCGAUCUAGAGCCGCCUCAAUUGUCCGGGCAUUUGAGUCAAUUCUCAAGUUUUCUGUCUGGCAUGAAGAAUCCAUUGAACGUGCUUUUGGACUCCUGAACCGCCUCUGGUCUCUUGGACCUCCAUCUCUCAAUGCCGUUGGCGACAACUGCUCGGAUAUAUUUUUGGACCGAUUUCGUUUCCUGUCAACCACCACUAUUGCUUCGCUUGGUGGCAUUAACUUCGCCGAGAAACUUCUCGUCAAGACUAUGGACGAGACCUUUGAAUCUGGUAGCACCUCAUUACAACACGAUUCAGCGCCAGGGACAACGCCUGACAGCCCUAUCCUCCAUCUUCUGCGAGCAAUCAGCUCUGAUACCCCCACUAUAACACAAACUCCCUCAUAUAUCCAACUCGUGCACAGCGCCAUUGAAGCUGCUUGCAAGACUAAAAUUUCUCGCGGAUCGCGUCUCGAACUGCUGCAGCAAUGUGCAGAUUUAGCUGGACCCCGUGUGAAUUUAACCUCCAGUUCUUCGAGCCUUUCCGAGGUCGUAUGGAAGACCAGUGCGGGGGCAGCCGCAGAUGCUCUGCAGUCCUUCCCAAUUGAGGCUUCUCGUGAACGCGAUGGUUCCGUCUCCCGUGACUACCAAAACGUCACCACAAUCCUGGCAGAUGGUGUAGAGAUUCCAGCCGCUUACUCUGAGUGGGCAUACUUGUUGGAGUCAUUCGUGCGUGUCGUUCGGACAGAGAAGGGCAAUGGUACUCUGGCCACUUUGGUUGUGGAGCCUAUUGCCGAAAGCCUUGCUUCACUUGCCAUUGCCGACACCUACCUUCCAGCUACUGCAGUUCUGAAUCACUCCAUGUCCAUCCCUUUCUUGCAGAACAAAUUCCUAGGAAUUGAUGGUACCGACCAGGAGGUGAACCCGUUUCCUCACAAACUCAUCGAAUUAGUCAAGAAUACCUUGCAAUCAGCAUAUGAUUCCUUCGACCCCUCGCAAGUCCAUGGCCUCCCAAGCUUCCUCGAGUCUUUAACCUCAUUUCUUGGUUCCGGCAUUCCAUCUUUUCGUGGGCAAACACUUGAAUUGCUGCAGUCUCCUUUGGCUUCGUGGAUCAAGGACGAAUAUUGCAAAAUCGACGUGACGCGGGGUGCAGAUAACCGAACCUUGACAGCAUGCCGAGCACUUUCAUCGUCUGUGAUCAACGUCCUGGGUUCCGUACCUGACGAAGUAUGGAUUUAUCGCAAAUUCGAGACCAUCAUCUGUGCCGGCCUUGAGUCGGCUCAUCAAUCACGAUCCAAACGUUUUGUUGAAUUUUGGGAAACAACCGCCAGUUCAUUAGAACCCGCUAUUAGGGGAACCCCUAUAGCCAAGUCUCUGGAUAGGACCAUGGCCAAAUGGGGUAUCAAUGCUGCACAACAGAUGACAAACUUGCAGGUAAUGCGAGACACGACCGACAGCCAGCCCAUAAAAAAGCCACAAACAUCUGGAAAUCCCCUUUCCCAAGCUGCAGACAUUCCUUCAUCCCCCGUGAAUGGAUUUGAACAUCAAUCAUCUGUCGAAACAACGGAAUCUAAUGAGCCUCAACUGCCGACAAACGCGCAACCAGAGCCCUCUGAAGAACAACCCCUGGAUGACGUGCCAACAAUUCAACCACAGGCCAAUAGACGCGAAAUGUUCAGGAUGAUUGAAUCCAUCCGAUCUUCCUCUCCCGCAAACACUCCCGCAAAAUCGGGAUAUGACACCCCUGUCCAUCUCCGCCGAUUUCAUGCUUCCAAUACUGCCACUGGAAUACCUCUGACUCCCACUCUAGCUCCGACAGAAAAUGAAGAAGGUUUCAUUGGAUCAUCUCCUACUCCUGCCACUAGAGAUCCAACCCCCGCGGCGAACAAGGAAGCACCGAUUCUAACAGUCCCUGAUGUGGCAAUGAUGGAUACAUCCGAUCUUCCAUCAUCGCCCCCAGAAGUUAGUUCACGAAGUCCAAGCCCACAAAAGCGAAAUAGGCAAUCUAGGAGCCAGCGCCGCCGAUCUGCUAAGAUCAGAAAGGCAAUGUUCCUGAACUGUUCCGGGGAGCAAAGUGGCCCCAACAGCCCUACCAAACCCGAUAAUAAUACCGCGAUGGACUCGGCACCUCUUCCAGUUGAACAAAAGGAUGAUUUGAAGGAAAAUACCCAUGCAUCUCAGGUAGACGAAAGGCCUCCUAGUCGUCGAACUCGGGCUGCACUCGGUCAAAGCAUAGACAACAGCCAGGAUCCCGUGCCACCAGUGACUGUUGAAACUCCUGGCAAGUCCAGAGAAGCCCCUGCUACGCAAACACCGAGAUCCAGGUCUGCCUCUAAGAGGAAGAGGAAGAAGAGCGCGUCUCGGUCUCCAAAGAAAAAGAGCCAGAACGAGCAGACUGCCGAUGAAGCUUCUGCCAUGUUGGUACCGCCCGAACACAACUUGGAUUCUUCCAGUGAGGAAAUGGAAACUCAGAUCGCGUCCCAGCUAGAGCAAGAUCUAGAGUAUGCUGUGGAUCUGGGUGGACAAAUCAACCUAGUUGAGGAUAUCCAACCCAUGGAGCAAUCUAGCACACAGCCUUCAAAGAAGAGGAAGCGCGAGGAGGACUCUGAAUCUCAGUCGAAUAAUGUGAAAGACCGACGUCGAUCAACUAGGCUCACCGCAACUAAGGAUGAAACUCUUGUCGACGAACAACCUGCGCCGACUCCCUCUUUGGAUUACAUUCCAGAUCCUGCGUCUGAGGAUACCGCUGCCAAGCAAGAUACGGUCACUCCUCGCCGGUCCACUCGCAGCUCCCAGCGGAAGGAAGAGCCCGUCGUAGAAGAAUUCAUUCCCGCCACACAAGUUUCCGAGUCGCAAGAGCCCAUCCAAGAGCCUGCUCAAGAUCCCGUUGAAGAGACUGUACCAGCAUCAGCACCAGCACCAGCAUCGUCAAAGCGAUCCCGAAAGUCUCUACGUUUGGAUGACCAACCUCCAACAACCGUUCCAGAAGCAACACCAACUAGGUCUAAGUCACUUCGAUCUCGCAAUUCACGGUCAACUCGAAAUGGCCCCGCGUCUCAGGGUCAGCCCGCCCAGCAAGAAUCUCAAGACAUGGUUCCUGGGAGCAUCAUUCCCGAAGAAAGCUUUGCAGUACCAGAUGUUCCUCUCAUCUCCACUAAAGAGGCCACGGAUUCCCAAAUGACGGACGCGGAUGCCUCAACCCAGCCUACAACCACUACCGAUAUUCAAACCAUGGACAUCGACGUGAUUUCCGACGAAGCACAAGUAGUUUCGAAUCAACCGCUCACAAGCGUCUUCACCACUGAAGUCCAGACCGAACCAUCCCCCAUACCUGACACGGCUAAUGUCAGCACUGGCCUCACUUCGACCUUGCGGAAGGUUCUGGAUGAAAUGAAGAUUGCCACUCUGGACCCGGAAGCCCUCCGCCAGGUAGACGAUCUUCUCUUCAAUAUCCGAGUCGCCGCCCACGACGCAUCACGGCGAAUUUAG